AGUUAGCAACUCACUUGUUGUGAACAGCUGAAGGAUAUGCUAUUUGAUACAAUCUGCCAGUCUUUGGGAAUUAUGGUUUACCAAUCUGGCACUGAAAGUCAUAUAUCACAUCCCUCAUUUGUGUGAAAGAAGGACAUCCCAUGAGUAACCAACACCACUCUUAAUCGUAGUAGCAUGAAACAGGUCAAUGCAUGGAAGGAUUACCGUGCAGGUUUUCAGUUUUGACCAAUGCUUCCAGUCUUAUGAAAAGGACAGUUUUGUACUGGCAUUUUUCCAGGAUCCAAAUGUUUUGGCUAAUCUAAAAGUACUCUCACCUUUAUCUUCUCAAUGGACAACUCUAGGGAAAGAAGUUAAGGAAAUAGAGGCUGAAGAGGUUCCUUGUAAUCAACUUUCAAUGUUAUUCUUUGACUGUUUGUACACUGAAGGGAUUGUGCGAGAAACAGGACACAUUACAAAAUGUCUGGAUGAGUUUUAUGAGGACUUUGUUAUCUCUGAUCAGCUGCGGCAGGUGUUACUUUUGGAAGAAUCGGAUAAAUAUCAAAUAUUCAGUGAUAAAGAACGUGAGGAAUUUGUCUUUCGUAUCUUCAAACAUCUCUGUUUGGGUGGAGUCCUCUGCCAAUAUGAAGACACAAUUGAUCCUUAUCUGGAAACCUGCAAGACAAUGUACAAGGAGUUGGUCAGUGUACAGAAAGAUCCGGAUACAAAAGAUAUACGCAUCAUCUCCACAGUAUUAAAGGUAACAGCUCGUGAUGAUUAUGGCAUUUGCUACCCUUCAACAAACAAGCAUGAACAGACCUUUGCCUAUCUGAUAGUGGAUCCCCUAAAACGUCACGUACAUGUGCUAUACCAUUGCUUUGGAGGAGGAUUAUUUUGUAACUAACAUUUAAAGUGCCUUUGUUAGAACAUUAAUAUUAUUUAGUUGAAAAUGUUCUAUGGUGAAAACAUUCUGUGUUAUAAGAAGUAAAACGAAGGAUUAUUUGUUUCAAUAUUUGGGACUUCUCUUUGUACAUCUUUGUAUUCAAUUGGAAUUGAAAGUGGAAAAAAAUGUAGGCAGCUUCAAAAAUUCUGCAAAGUACAGUUCCUUAAGUUGUUUAUUUGGCUAAAUAGCAAAGUUUGUUAAUGACUGUUUUAUCACAAGAGUUUUCUUGAGAUAUUUAUAAACUAUAUCUGGAAAAUCUGAAUCUUACGAAAUAUAUGUUUAGUGUAACUUACCUUUUCAUUACUCGUUAAACUAUUUUGGAUAUAAUGCCAUUCUUUUCAUCUAAAAACUUUCAACACAGUUGAAUAUCUUUGCACAUGUUUUUUUAACACGUCUGGUGCAGACAAGAUGGACUGAAUGGCCUCCUCUUUCACCUUAACAAUUCUGUGAUUCUAUAACAAUUCUGUGAUUUAGAGUUUCUAGAGUUAAUAAAAAUCUAUCUGAAAUGUAACUUAUAUAUGCU